ACCAAGAUUACUAAAACAUAGCUGAAGCGCUGAAGCAACAUGUCCCUAAAUUAUCGUAGCAGUCAUCGCGUCAUGAUCGAAUGAGACGAAUCGCCGACGGUCUUUGGAUAUCUGUGUAAUGUGUAGGUAGACGAAACAAACAUUUUUUUUUGUUAGAAAAUUCAAAAGUUUUAGCAAAAUCCUUGGCAUCUUUUUUUUUAACUGAAACAACACGUGGGUAACAGUUGGUCACCGUCACAGAGGGAAGCUAUUGUGCACUACAAGCUACAACAAAUUAAACAUGAGUGGACGUUGGAAUGACGACAGUUUAAACUGUGAUUUCAAGAGCAUACACUGUAAGUUGGACCAAUUCGAAAAAAGUUUACAAUCCGUCACCGAUAAUAUGUCUGAAGAUAUGGUCUAUGAAAAGAGAAGCUUGGAAGAUCGCAUCGACAUGCUCCAAAGAGAACUGGAUAAUUUUGAACAUGACGGCGCGUCAAGCAGGGGUCGUGAGCCUUAUCGAAGCUCAUCACCAGGAGAGCUCGCUAAGGGGAAAGGAAGGUCCAGAUCGUUUCAGAGUUUGGGCCGGGCGUCCCAGUCGCGUCGCGCCUCCCCCGGUGGCGGCUGCAAGUGCCGCUGUACCGCCUUCCUCGACACGCGAACCACGUCGAACCCGGAGCGGGACAGUCUGAUGCAGGAACUGCGCCAGGAGCUGCGGGACAUCAACAACCAGAAACACGAGCUGCAGGAGAAAAUGUUCGGCCUGGAGGAGGCGCAGCGGUUGAGCGACAAUGACACCCAGAUGCUGCAGAGCCAGCUGGAGUCGGACCGGGUCCGGUGUCUGACUAUGCUGCAGAGCCAGCUGGAGUCGGACCGGGUCCGGUGUCUGACU